AUGACACGCAUCACGUACCCCAUCGCGUUCAAGCUCGAAGCUUUGAAACUCCUUGAGACCUUGUCCGACUAUAAGGUAGCUGCGCUCCUUAACGUCGCUCGCAGGGCUCUCCGCUACUGGCAAAAGCAGCGCAACGAGCUCCUUGCCUACAAAGGCAACAAGAAGCGCCUUAAGGUGCGUCCAGGAGGCCGACCCGAACAGUUCCCGGACCCGCCAGGCCUAGUCCAAUACAUCAACGACUUGCGUGACGCUGAGCGUGCACAUGCCUUCGGCAUAACGUUACAAUACCUGUACUUCGGCACAAUCCAUGGCAAUGGGAAAAUAGCUCAGUGGUAG